UUUCCUAUUGCUGUCGUUUAAACGCUGUGUGUCAAACGUUUUACCGUUCCGAGAAGCAGAAACCCGUCCAUGGUUGUUGAUCUCGAGAUAGAGCCAACGUCCUAGUCAGUAUAAAAGUUAAGCGACUCAUAAUCCCAUGAGCAUACACGCAUCAGCUGGACUGUGGUCACGGAAUAUCAGACUGAAGUUGUUACUUUUUAAGAUAAACAAUGAAAUCCUUGAUAGUUAUUUGUUUAUUUGCGGUGGUAGCCGCCGUAGUGGCUCGCCCUGGUGAGCAGUACACAGACAGAUUUGACAACGUUAAUUUGGAUGAGAUCCUGUCCAAUAGGAGGCUUCUUAUUCCUUACGUUAAGUGCGCAUUAGACCAGGCUAAAUGUACUCCGGAUGGCAAGGAGCUAAAAUCUCACAUUAGAGACGCCCUCGAGAACGGCUGCGCUAAAUGCACCAAAGCCCAGCAAGAAGGGACCAGAAGGGUCAUCGGUCACCUCAUCAACAACGAGCCUGAAUACUGGAACCAACUCACCCUGAAGUAUGACAGGGACCACAAAUACACGAAGAAGUAUGAGACAGAACUGAGAAAAGUCAGGCAUUAAUUAAUGGUCAUACAAAGAAUUAUAAGACAUGUUCCUAAUUUUAUGCUUACAAUAAUGAAAAUAUGACAUUUUGAUCAUAUUCAAUUCAAAGGAUAUUCAAAUAAUUAACUACUUACUAAAGGGACUAAUAAGAUGGAAAAUAACAAUGCGUUAUAAAAUGCGGCAAUGUUGCUUAAAUGUAACUUGUUGAUGUAUAAAAGGAUUUAUAGAUAAGAUACAAUGACUGAAAAUUUAAUAAAUUUUUGUGAUAUUUA